AUGGCUGCCAUAAGUGUUACUCAGAAGCGGGUAGAUGCAGAGGGAUAUUAUUACACCGCAGAAUUGUGCAUCUUGAGGAUACGUGCUCUGGUAAAGAAUAGGGCCCCUAUUCCUGCCACUCAAGCCGAUGAAUCCACGGAGCACCAUUGCCUCCUCCCCCUACACGUGGAUGCAGACCUGGCAUCCGUUUCUAGUUUCUGGCCUUAUGAGCUACGAGCCGGCCAUAGCAGCGAUAUACCUCUAGAGCUCAAAAUUGUUGUGGUUAUAGGCCUAGAGGUAAUACGUGUGACGGCACCGCAUGAAGUGGUAGUUUACGGUGGAUACGUGCUUACGUGUGCCCCCAAGCCGAUGGCGACCAUGUGGGUGAUACUCUACGCAAAUGAAGACCAAUUAGAUAAGGAGGACUUUGGGAACAAGGUCCUUACUGGAGCUUGGUUUUGGAGUAAAGGCCCAGCGGUGUCACGGACGUGGAAGGGCGGGUUUGAGAAGGCAAAGGAUUUUAAGGACACAGGAACUAGUGCCACUACUGGCCAAGUACUAAGUGCAGUUGAACAUGCUAAUUGGUUUUUAGUACUCCAAUACGCUCACUGCUCAAUCUUUCCAUCACCUAACAGACUCAUUCUCCCGCUUAAGUCUACAAGGAGAACUGAAACGUUAUGUGUGACUCAAGUUGUAAGUGUAAAAGAUGCUUUCCAGUAUCGGAGGCCGCCCUCCCAUCCCAUAGUUGCAGUCCGUACAGAAUGUCUCGACUUGAACAUAAUCAUACUCUUUACAACCACAGAUCCCACUACCCACUCGUUUUUAACACUUCAGAUUCUAGAUAUUGCAUUGGCCCUUACCACCUAUAGCACCAAUGGAACCACAAUGGACGAAAUUGAACCCAGUGUCCAAAAGCGUGGUAAUCUCAGACGCAGGAAUAUGGGGGAGAAUCCAGUGCAGAAUGGAACGGGAAUGCUCUUGGUGACGUUUGGAAGUCGAAUCAACCGCACCGUUAAAUCUGGGGAUAGAGCCAGUCCCGCGCUCCGAAUCAUUAUAGAGAACCUCUCCACUCACCACAUCUCCCUGCGGUCAAUCUAUUUUGGGAGUGGGUAUUUUAUCUUCAGCUCUUUGCCCCGUUCAACCCGAGGUGAUCUUCAGCAACUCAACCUAUACAAGAUAGUACUGCAUGGGGCAAAACGAGACGACCCCACUGUUGGUAAAGGACGGACAAAUCAAUACCGAGUUCAAACCCUAGCUGGGGGAGAACGAAAAAUCGUAGAGAAGGUUGUAGUAACACCCGAUCUUCUAUACACUGGUCACUGUUAUAGAGGGCCUAAUGUGGAGAGGAGUGAUGCUAAGAAAAGGGAGGCGGCACGGUUCUCUAAUGAUUGGGACAAAAGAUGGUGGGGGCGGUUAGAAAGUGUAUCAUGCUCGCAGAAGCGGUUUUCAACUCGCCUUUAUAUCCCGCGGACGCACCUCCCUUCCAAGAUUCUCACCAUGUGGUCUUCCGUCAUAUCUCACAUACUUUCUUUCUCAAUACGGAUACUGUGUAAUCGGUGGGGUUUUAUUGGAAACGGUCAGCUCAAAAUGUCCUUUGACUGUAUUAUGAGAAUCCUUAUCGAAGCAUACUCCAUAUUUCAUAAAUCGCCCUGCUCCAUGUAUCAAGUCAAGGUGUGGUCUCGAGAAUCAUAUUUGAGAGCAUUUGCAACUAUAAUUCGAAGUCUCGAAGCUUCUUCAGAAUGUCGCAGUCAGGGCAUUCUCGCGUAUGAAUUGAUCGAUCCUAGCAACCCACUCUCGCAAAACAUUGCCGACUUCACCCCAUCGACAGCUACUACUUCUACGAGACCCUCUUCUAUCUCAAUCUCAGCAUUCGUGACAACGACACGCUUCCACCCGUUUCUAAUCCCUAGCCCAACGCUAACAAACUCCACUGUAGGAGUUCAUCCAGCCGAUAUUGGCGCAUCAGAUUCCUCCAGUACAGGCCUAGCACAUGAAUUUAAAGUCGUAUUGGGUGCGGCAGGAAUAUUUUUUAUACUCCUACUCGGAGUUUUGUGGUACUUACAGGGGAGAAAAGACACGAAGGGGCAGGAGCAGAAGCCAGCUCUAAUUCAGCAGGAAGGUCACCUGCCGGAAUGGGCCAACAGCUCUCAGCAACCAGGAUCUCCUCUUUCUUUUUCUACUAUAUUUGCAAAGUUUAAACCAAGGCGACAGGGCAGGGAACUUAUCCGGGUUAGCCGGAGUGAGGGGUUGAGUGAAUGGGUUGGGCAGAGACCCGGCAUAGUGUCUGCCGAAGCAGUAGAACUAAGUCGGUUAGAAGAAGAGGAGGCUAGAAUAGGCGGACAGAAGGCGAUGGUGCUUGCGAGAAUGGUAAGAGGUGAGGUGGAAAUGAUGAAAUGUAGUGAAACCACGAUCGAUUCGUCCAGAAUAAUGGAAAAAUUAGUGGCUGCGAGAGUCCACUGGCUUGCAGCCCAUCGAAUGAUUUGUGCAUUGAGCGUCAUGUACCACCAGUCACGCUACCAGGUUGCUCAUUUCCUCUUCUUCGUCGAGCUUGAUGUCCUCUCUCCAACCAGGGUCUGCUUUCUCUUUAAGGUUUGGGAGGAUAUGGAAUCUAAAUCGCUGAAGGUCCCCGAACCUUCCAAGACCAACUUCAAUAACCUGUUUGCCAGCUACAACACAUUGGUAGCUGUCUUGAGAGGAGAUUCAACUGCGACAUCAGCAUCGAAAGCCGAGUUGACUGCAACGUCAACCUUGACGCCGGCAUGGAUCCUCACUGCCAUAUUUGCCAGCUCGAUAUUGCCUCCCACAACCAUGGCGAUUAAUAGACCGGAAAGGGAUAGCCUACAAGUCGCGUGCAUCGAGUUGGCAAAUGAGCACGACGCCAUUUCUUGGGUUGCGGGCCGCUAA